GAGGGAGGAGCUGAAGCUGAAUCUGAAACCGGUUUCAUGUUUUUUCUCAGCAUUCAUACAUACACCUUGGUGUCGGCAGGCAGCGUUCACUGACGUCUUCUUCCAGCCAUGGACAUCAUAGAGCCCAUCCUGUGUGUUGCGUCUGAGAUCUACAACCUGGUUGAGCUUGUGAAGGCCAAUAAGAAGCGCUGCCGUCGAGUUGCGGACAGAGUGAAAGCUUUAGAUGAGCUGGUGAGGUCCAUCCAGCAGAGGGAGAGGGUCCGAACCUCUGCAGAUGUAGUGACAGCCCUCAACGAGCUCUCCAUCACUCUGAGAUCAGCAAAGGAGCUCAUCAUCAAAUACACCUCUGCCAGCUGGAUGGAACGCAUCCUGAAGUCCAGCAGCCACGGAGACGAGUUCACCAGUGUGAAUGACCGGUUCAAUGACGCCUUCCAGGUUCUGUCUGGAGCUCUGCAGGUGGAGCAGGGGAACAUGCUGUACCAGGUGUUUGAACUGACCUCCAGGGAGAAGCAGGAUGAGGUGGAUGGAAGAGAAGAUGACGCAGAGCUACAGAAAAUGCUGCUGGACCAUGUGACGGAGCAGAAGGAGAAAACAGAUCGCAUGUUCAGUGAAUUCAAAGAACUCAAAGUCAAUGUGGAGAAGGUCGUCAAAGAAUUAAAUAAGCCCAGCAUCACUGGUGAGGUGAUCCGAAUGAUCAAACAUGAGGAACUGAAGUAUGAUUAUCCCCACAAACCCUUCAUGACGACGCCAUCCUCAGAGGUCUAUAAAGGAGAGUAUCAUGGUUUUGCUGUGGCCAUCAAGAGAUACCUAGACCCUCUGAACACCAACGCAAAGGAGGUGCGGUCAAUUUUUAAUAAGGAAGUUGAAACCAUGAGGCGGUUUGAGUCACCAAACAUCCUACGAAUGUUUGGCAUCUGCGUCCAGGAUGAGGAGGGACCCAACGCCCGAUUUCUCAUCAUCAUGGAGUACUGUGAGAAAGGGAAUCUCAGAGAGGUUCUGGACUCCAAGUGCAAAUUGUCCUGGAUCAGAAAAGCUCGAAUGUGUCUGGAUGCAGCUCAAGGACUCUACAGACUUCACCAAACAGAAGAAAAGUCCAGGGUUCAUGGAUGCAUCAGCAGCAGCAAGUUUCUCGUUGCUGAAGGCUACAGAGUCAAGUUAGGAGGCUUUGAGCUGACCAAAACAGAAACAUCCCUGAAAAAACACAGUGGAUCAAAAAUGUCCACAUCGCUGCGCUACUGCUCUCCUCAGAGGCUCAGCAACAUCAACCACAACUACAGCAGAGAGUGUGAGAUGUACAGCUUUGGGAUAGUCCUGUGGGAAAUUGCAACAAGACAGAACCCUUUUGAAGGUUGUUCAAAUGAAGACAUACAAGAGAAAGUCUGCUCUGGAUACCUUGAGCCACUUCCUGAGGACUGUCCUAAAAAACUGGGAGAUCUGAUUGACGCCUGCCGGGCCUAUGAUAACUUCCACAGACCACCUGCUGGAGUGCUGGUGGAUAAACUGCGCUGUGUGGUGGCAGAGUUAGAGGAGGAAUGAAACUCUUCAGGAAUGUUCUUCAUGUCAUGUUGAGGCUGGGAUAAAAUGUUACAAAUCUAGUUGGAAACAUGUGACUAUAUAUAAUCCAAAGAAACUGAAUUUGUGGUUUGAACAUAUCUUAACCUCUAAGGAAUUUUGCAGUAUUAGUAAGUCUUUAACACCAAUAAAGCUCGCAAAUGAUAUUAUGACUUCAACAGUGCAGUUCUACUGGUUAUAAAUCAGAAAUGUGUAACAGUAACUCUU